AUGAAAGACAAAAUCCAAAAGGACUCUUUCAGAAAUCCUGAAAAUGAAAAAGAUCUUCAAGUCGGCACAAUCGCAGACCUCGACGAAGGUGGCGCCUUCUUGCACGAGCAUGGCUUCACCCAUGACUCUCUUCAAGCGCUCUUGAAUGACGAAGCACGCAACAAGUCAUUGGUACGCAAGGUUGAUCUUGUACUCCUUCCACUGCUUGCGGGCACCUAUGUCCUGCAGUAUAUCGACAAGUCAGCCCUGGCCUACUCUGCCGUCUUCGAUCUCUUCACGUCAACACACAUGUCCAGUAAUCAGUAUAGUUGGCUAGCCAGCAUCUUCUACUUGGCAUAUUUGCUUGCCGAGUAUCCCUGGAACAUUCUUGCGCAGAAAACUCGAUUGGCAAAAGUCGUGUCAGGGAACAUUGUCGCUUGGGGUUCAAUUCUGAUGGUAACGGCCGCCUGCUCUUCAUUCACUGGUAUGGCUAUCUGCCGUUUCCUUCUGGGUAUAUUUGAGGCCCCUAUUACCCCAUGCUUCAUGAUGAUAGUCGGCAUGUGGUACACUCGCGACCAACAGCCCUUCCGUGCUGGCAUCUUCUACAGCUGCAACGGCCUGGGGGCAAUUAUCGGCGGUAUCCUGACUUUUGGAAUUGGCCAAAUCCACACCAUCGCCGUCUGGAGAGCCAUAUACCUCAUUCUGGGAGGAGUAACAGUGGCCUGGGGAAUCGUGAUGUUCUUUUUCCUUCCAGAUGAUAUCAUCUCUGCAAAGCGUUUCAAGUUCGAGGAGAAAGCUCUCUUGAUCGGCCGCAGUCGUCUCGGAAGAACCGGUGUCAUGAACCACCAAAUCAAGUGGUAUCAAAUUCGAGAGGCCCUAGUUGACCCUCAAAUCUGGCUCUUAUUCUCCUUUACCCUUUGCAAUGAGAUCAUCAACGGUGGAGUCGCCAGCUUUGGCAAACUCAUCAUCAAAGGCUUGACGGAUGAUCCUCUCAAGACUUGUGCACUGGGAAUCCCACUAGGUGCCUUCCAAGUCUUUUAUAUUCUGAGUGGAACGUUCCUCGCGUCGCGCUUUCGCAAUUGUCGCACUAUUAUCAUGCCAUUGUACCUGGUCCCGACAAUUAUCGGCACCUGUUUGAUGUGGAAGUUGUCCCACGAAACCAGCAAAGUAGGGGUACUAUGUGGAUACUAUAUCGUCGGUGCAUAUGUGUGUUCUUUGGUGCUGUCACUGCAGAUGCCGGCAACGAAUCUCGGAGGCUAUACUAAGCGAUCCACCGGUGUGGCUUUGGUGUUUUUGGCGUAUUGUGCAGGCAAUAUCAUCGGUCCCCAUGCCUUUCUGGCUAAAGAGGCUCCUCUGUAUCAGACAGGCUGCAAGGUCAUUCUUGCCUGUGCAUCAGCUCAAGUGGUCCUGGCGAUUUUGCUGCGGUUGCUGUUGAUUAGUCGGAACAGAAGAAGAGAUGCGCAGGCUGCUGCGGAUCAGGCUGGAGCAGGACCUCAGUCAGAGUAUGACGAGCUUGCUGAUCUGACUGACUUUGAGGUGAGAAGUGGUUGA